UAUGAUGGAGAGCCCAGCUGAGGCCAGCGCCCGCCCAUGGUCACACCCCCAGCUUGAGUGACAGGACGUGUAAGCAAGCGCUGCUACCAGGCAAGAGCAUAAGAACGACGCUUUGUUCUGGGAGAGUGAUUCCUUUGGAUUUUCCCAGUUUGUCGGGUUCCUGGACCCCUUGCGAAAAAAAAGGGGAGAAGACGAACGAGGAGGGGAAAGAACGGACGCGCGCGCGGCUGGAUUUACAGUGCAAGGGCGGAGGAAGAGGCAAUAACACACAGAAUUGCGUUCUCGAACCGCAAUGAGGGUUCUGGGCUCUGUGCAGAGAUUUGUAAGACCUCGUGCAGCAGGAGGAGACUGCGGCGGAUUUACCAGUGAUGCAGCCGUAGUCUGGGAUGAAGCAAGAUGAGCGCCGUCCGUCCGCCCAGGCUGGAGAGAGAUGUAACCGAUUACUUCUGAAGCGUUUGAGUUCGCGUGACGACAGAGCGUUUUGAUCUUGAGAACGGGAACAACGGUCUUAAUUUAGAAUUCGGCCGGUCGAGGUAUAACGGAUUUGGUAUGUGCAUAGCUCGACGAAACGUUAUCAAAUCUGACUCUCGAUUUCGACUCUUUUUCAUAAAGCAAGAAGCAUGAAGAUGAACCAAAAUGAAAUAUUUUUAUGCGCGUACAAUGGAAGUAGCUAGCGUGCCUAUCCCGGUGGUCGUCGCUUAAAUACAUUUAUUCGGCUGGGUCAUUUGUAAAAAAAAAAAAAAAUAGUCGCCUCUACAGUAAUAAUGUUUGUAAGAUGCCCCAGGAGCAAGCUGUCGGUGUGGGCUGCUCUGUGCGUUAUAGUGCUCUGCUGGUUGUACAUUUACCCAGUUUAUCGGCUCCCCAGCGACAAAGAGAUUGUCAAUGAUGUCCUGCGCCAGGGACAAGUGUGGAAGAAAAACCAGACCAGGAUCCGUUUGUUUAGGCAUCUGCUUAAGGUAUGCUGCAACCCCCGGAAGAUGUUUGCAGUGACGAAGGAGAACUCCCCGCCAGGGAAGGUGAUCUGGUACGAUGGAGAGCUGUAUCACUCCCGCACCGUCAAAAACGACACCUACGCUCUGUUUGUACAGGAGAUGCCCCUUCAAGCCCCCCUCAAGAGGUGUGCCGUCGUCGGCAACGGCGGGGUCCUGAAGCGCAGCGGCUGCGGCAGGGACAUCGACGGGGCCGACUUCGUCCUGCGGUGCAACCUGCCGCCGCUGUCUAAGGAGUACACUGAGGACGUAGGGACCAGAACGCACCUGGUGACGGCCAACCCCAGCAUCAUCGAAAAGAGGUUCCACAACCUGCUGUGGUCGCGCAAGGCGUUUGUGGACAGCAUGAAGGCGUAUGGGUCCAGCUACGUCUACAUGCCGGCGUUCACCAUGAAGCCCGGGACGGCGCCGUCCCUGCGCGCCUACCACGCCCUGGCCGACGCCGGCUCCAACCAGACGGUGCUGUUCGCCAACCCGGACUUCCUGCGCAGCGUGGGCCAGUUCUGGAAGGGGCGCGGCAUCCACGCCAAGCGGCUCUCCACGGGCCUGUUCAUGGCCAGCCUGGCGCUGGGCCUGUGCGAGGACGUGGAGCUGUACGGCUUCUGGCCCUUCUCCGUGGACCUGGAGGAGAGGCCCAUCAGCCACCAUUACUACGACAACGUGAUGCCCUACUCCGGCUUCCACGCCAUGCCCGAGGAGUUCCUGCAGCUCUGGCACCUGCACAAGACCGGCACCCUGCGCAUGCACAUCGGCCAGUGUCCUGACGCCAACGCCGCCGCCUAGACCCCCCCCCAAAUCCUCCACCUCCACCCACCCCCUUCUCCUCAAAUCCUCCAGCCCCCCUCUCAACUUCCCCUCACCCAGCACCCCAUCCACUCCCUCCUUCCCCUCACCCUCAACCAGCAACCACUCGCUCCUACCUCCCUCCCCACCUCUCUCCCCAUCCGCAUGAGAAUGAGUGAUCUGCCACACACUCCCCCCCCCCCCCCCCGCCCUUUGUACCCUUCCCAAAUACCUCCUCCUCUCUCCCCAGGGGGAAGAGUCUGAUUGGACCUGCUGCAUGGAAUUCUGGGGCUCUCGUCUGCUUUGUGUCUUUAGCUGAUCGGAUGGUCACGAGGCCUUGUGUUCAACUCUUGUGUUCAAAAUUUUUAUGAUAGUAGAGGGGGGUGUGGGGGGGUGUGGGGGGGUGGGGGUGGUGGAGACUGGGGUUGGGGGAUGGACGAACCGAUCAUGGUAACUGCUGUUAGAGACUGGUGAAACGCAAGGGCUUGUGGGAAGAAAGUAUUAAACAAAAAAAAAACAUUUUUUUAAGUGAAAUCUGUAUGUGUGUGUGGGGGAGGUGGGGUGGGUGGGGAGGUGGCGGAGGAGGGCUCACACAAUGACCAAACUCAGUCAGUCAGAUGCUUAAUGAAAUUAAGAAAGCAUUUUUUGACAUUGUAAGAAAUAUGUUAAGUUACCAUACUAUGACCAUUUACAUGGUGUUUUUGUUCCACAAUAUAGAUGGACGCCAACCAGAGUAUUAAUAUGUCUGUGCUAGAUAGCCCCGAGGAUAUCAGGCUGGAGAUGAAUCACUCUCGCAUUCUUCGCAGGUCCAAAUAUUAAAUUUAGAGCUUGGGGAGUAAGGAUAUGUACGCAGACAUCACCAGAUGAUCAGAUGCAGUUAGGAACAAACAGUACUGAGGUAAUUGCAUCAGGCAAUACAAAAUGACCACUGUGCUCCGUCACAGUAAAUCAGAUUUGGCCUGUCCACAAAAACAUAAUCAAAGAUGUGGCUUUCAGGACCUAAGAGUCAGGACUGCCUAUCGCACUGAAUUCCUGCUUCUUAUUUCUGGGUAGCAUUGAAGACCCUGUUUUCCAGCCCCUCUCCAAAACCUGUUUUGUGCCAAUGUGAGCGAGGUGUUAAAGUUUCUGUUAAAAUAUUUCUGUCAUUUCUGAGGAAUGGCACGUGUGUACAGUAGUGGAUUGCACUGCUUCAUGUUUUCUUUCUCGUGCAGCCAGGAGUGUUACGUAAGGAAAAGACAACUGGAGGAACUGUGCUGAGGAUCGACACGCUUUCGUUCCUGUGAAAGUGAUACGAUUCGUCAGCGGCUUUUUUUAGUUGCAGGACACCACUGAAUACAAUUUAAAUGAACUGUGAGCCAUCGACCAAUCAGCUCAGGUCUAGGAAGCCUUUUUUUUUUGUAUUUAAAUAAGGGAACGGCCUGGAAAUGAAGUGGUGUAUUUUUUUCUUCUUCUAGUUUUUGUAUCUCAGCAUGCGUGCAUACAGAGAUAUUUUUAAUGAAUUUCAGACUGAAUACUUUGCCUAUCAGUAAGUCUGUGCAGUGCAGUGCAGUUAUCUGUGUUCUUAUGUGAUUUUACGAUCAUUGUAGGGCAUUGUAGUCUCCUGGUGCCACCGGGGUUAGCGGACUAGUCUACCUCCAACGUCCACUUCCUGUGCGAUCCCUCCUUUCAAUCAAGAUGACAGGAAGCGCGUCGCUGAAGCACAUCACCACAGGAAAUGCAUCACAGGAUGGAAGGGAGUCACGGGGUUCUCGGUGCCAGUGCAGGAGAAUAAGUGUUUACAGGUGAGAGGCAGGCAGCUCCCAGAGUCUCGUACGUUUGAGUGGGGAACGUGAAUCCUCCUUCAGUAGUGCAGUGCUGGCUAAAGCGAGCUUUUCAGAACCGUUCAUUCAUUUUUUUACCAAAUCACUGGUUCAGUUUCAGCAGCUUGAGGGAAUGGUUCCGAGUGCCUUUUUCUAGUGCGAGUAAAUUUAAAAACAUCAUGAAGACAAAGGGAAGAGCACAAAUAAUAUGAAUAUAUUGGUGACUUGAAGCAUCUUUUUUCUUUUCUUUUUUGUGAAUUUCAAACAUUUUAAACGUCACUUGUAUUUUGUAGACAUUUACAGCAUUUUCAAAAAUAAUAAUUUCAGAACAGUAAUUGCAUUGAACAUUUGCAUUGCUAAAGUAGUUGAAGGAAUGUGAUCUUUGACCUUUGUCCAAAGGUCAUGUGACCCAGGCUGUGGCUAGAAAAAGGUCUUAAAUGGAAUGAUCUGAUUGGUGCAGGACCAAGAUGUGUGUACUUGAUGUGUUUAUGUUUAUGUUGGUCUGAAACUGUAUAGCAUAUUUACUGAAAUAUAAUUGCUUCAUCGAACAAAAACAUUGAAGUUCAAACAGUACAUUCCUCCCGAUCUCACCACAGUGGAGAGAAGGAAUGUGGAAAUCUGUGCUGUGUACUAAAGAAUGCAUGGUUGUAGUUUGUAAACAUGGAAUGUUUUUUGAUUGGUUCAUUUCUGCUCGUCCGUUUCUUUUUAAUAUUCUGGAGCCAUAACCAGGGGUAAUAUUUGUGUUUGGAACUACAGUACCUCGGAGUCCCAGUUCAACUGAGAAAACUUUUAUUUUUGUAACAUAAGCUGAAACUAUACAGAGGUACUAGGAACCCAGAAAGGACGUCUGUUUUCGGACAAAGCGUCUGCAGUGUUCAGGAGAAAAUUCGGCCUGCCACAUUCGAACGGGAGGAGCCAUUUUGGCAGAAGUCGCCGUCCCGAACUGCUCCAUGGGUCUCGAGAUAAUGUGCUACUGUGAAUUAGAAUGCUUUAAACCUGUGUGUGGACUGAUCAUGUUGAAAUAGACCAUUGUUGUUGCUUUGCCCCGUUCGACGUGGAUUAAAAAUGUUGUAAAGUUUU